AAUUCAAACCAAAGAUCCUAUAGCAGACAGGAUCUAUUGAUUCAAACGGCGCGGCCGUUACCGGACGGACCACGUGACGCGGCGAGUCCCACCUACAGCGGCUGAGACCGGGGACACCGGCGGCAACAACGGCAAGGUGCGUCCCAAGGCGCUGGUGCUGAUCAUUGACUUGGAAUGGAUGAAACGUGCAACUUGUUCCAGCGCUUGGCUAAUCAACUUGGUUGGUCCAAAUACGAUGAUCUGGAUGACCUUGAAACGGAGCUUCAGCAAAAAAUCGAUAAAUCCAAGCAGCAGCGAGAUUAUUGUGAAGAUGUUGCAGUAAAUCUACCGUCAGAAACUGGGGAGAGCCCAAGUCCCAAUGAUUCAUGUGUGUGCAAGCUGAUACUCUCUAGCUCGGAGGAUGAGGCUGAUUCAAGCACAAAGGUUUCUCUGGAUGAUGUGCAAGAAGAACGUGGCAAAUGUAAAGUGACUAAGAACAGGGCUGGAAAGCCACAAAUCCACAGAGGAAGUGAAGUUGCCUCAGACUCCAGUGAUGAGAAUUAUGAGAUUUCUUUGACCCAUCAGAAGACAUCAAAUUCAGACUUCAAAUCAAGAGGAGCUUCAAGAAUCCACAAUAAAAGUUUUGUCAGUGCCCCUGUAAUCUGUUCGGAUUCCAGUGGAGAUGAAGAUUUUGAAAAAUUUCUAACACUGACAAAGAAAUCCUGUUCAAAUUCACAAAAAUACAGAACUUCGAAGAACAAUGAUGACAGCCUUAAAUACUUUAUAGUAAGUGACUCAUCUCUAGAUGAAGUGGAUAUAAAGGACAUUGUGGAACCUGAACGCAGUGCGGAAACUGAACGACAUGAAUCAACAUGUCAAAACCUUGAGUCAGCAAAUGAAUCUACCCUGGAGCAAGUGUACAGUACAUCCUCUGUAACAAGAUCAAUGUCGCCAGUGUUGAACAACAGUGUAACUGAUUUUGUUAUUGAUACUAAACCGAGAAGUCUGACCCUGGACAAAUGGAGAAAAAAAUCUGAGCAAUCUAAUCCUCACACUUGUGACAGAAAAAAUACCCUAUCUUAUCCUGUGCAUUCCGAGGUAUUGAAUAAAAUCUCAAAUACAUCUGAUACAUCAAGUGAUGAAUUUGAGUCUCUAAUCGAUAGGAUAAAGUGUAUCACCCAAAGAACACCAGCUGCAACUUCUGGUAACUUGAAAGGAAAAAGAAUGCCUGUUACUGAGCCAGUGAAGCGAAAAACAAAAAGUAAAAUUCAAGGAAUCAAGCAUUUAACUGAAGAUGAGAGUUUUGUUCCAGUCUUUAUCCAACCAACUAAACCAAAGAAAAGUAUACUAUCUGAUUCUACAUCAGUAAACCAAGUACCAGCCUUCAACACUUCAAGUUAUUCUGAGUCCCAAUCCCAACGUGGAGUUCAGCGACUAUGCAAAGUACCUGGUUGUUUCCUUCAGGACCUGAUUCUGAGCUCAUCAAAAUAUGUAAGGAAUUUCAAGCAAAACCGGGAACAAUUAACACAGGAACUCUAUAAUUUAUACAAUAAAACUGUCUUUCAACAGAAGCUUCCAGAGAAGCUGGAAAUCAAGUGGAAUAAAAAAAUGACAAAAACAGCUGGAUAUUGCAUCACUGGACUGAAAAAGGAUGAAAGUUUGCUUCGGUAUGCUAGAAUUGAAUUAUCAGAGAAGGUGUGCGAUUCGGCUGAACGUCUAAGGGACACACUGAUUCAUGAACUGUGCCACGCUGCCACCUGGCUUAUUAAUAAUAUUCGUGAUGGGCAUGGAACAAUCUGGAAGCAUUAUGCGCACAAAUCUAAAUUGAUCCAUCCUGAAUUACCUGUGGUGCAACGGUGUCACACUUAUCAAAUCAAUUACAAAUACACCUACCAGUGUAGCAGAUGCAAAAACAUGAUUGGCCGACACUCCAAGUCACUGGACACACAGCGUUUUGUUUGUGGCAUAUGCAAAGGGUCCAUGGAGCUAUUAUCAAACUCUAAGUACACCACUCCUGCAAAAAGGGAGCUAGCACCAUUUGCUAAGUUUGUGAAAGAAAACUAUAGUUCAACCAAGAAGGAAAAUGAAGGACUUAAACAUGCUGAGGUUAUGCGGAAAUUAAGUAUAGACUUUGGCAAUAAGGCACAGAUAUCUGACCUCUAACACCUUCUUCCUAAAUCAAGAAACAUCUUUUUGUUGAAGAUUCGUAUCCUACCUUCUCAGACAAUGAGCAAUACAAAGAUUACCUUACUUUGUUCUGACCAAGCUUAGAAAUUCUCUCAGGUAUUUUUCCCUUUUGCCAAGGAAAUAUUCCAGUUUGAAAUACCGAGUAUUUCAUUUUAAAUAUAAGAUCAGUCACAAUUGACCAUUUUCUUUAAAUUCACUGGGACGGUCUAAUUGUUUUCAUUGAUUAUGAAAUUAAUUUCAGUUGUUUUGUGUGAUAAUGUGUGAUAAUGUGAUAACCAAGUUAUGGAUAGUUGAAUUUCUGUUUGCUGAUAUAAAUUUUGGAUCUCUCACAGCUUCGGUCCUAAUAUCAAGCAGUUGUUAUUAAACUGAUGAUAACCAUUUAUUUCUGUAAUGAUAAGAAUCCACUUGAAAAUAGGUUCUACAAUCAUUGCUGUAAUCCUACAGGAACAUAGUUUUAAUACUACAAUAUUUCCAUGAUGUGACAAGGUGAACAGGAGCGUCCUCUGUAGCAUUGUUAUGCUUAAAAAUGGGAUGUAUUUUGUUUAGCAAGCUUUUGUUUCCUGAUGCUGAUCUUGCUCAGCUUUAUUAAGAACAAAACUUGGAUAUUCCAUCCCGCAUUUGAAUGUCCUGUAUUUGCAUAAACAUUUCCUUGCACCUUUCCAAGAGGAAUUUAUUCUGGGGGACAUUUUCGUUCUACUUGCCAGGUCAAUUUCUGAUUGCGAAAUGACUGGAAAAAUAAGAAAUUAACAAUUAAAAAAUUACGUCAUAAUUUACUUAAUAAAAUUCAUAAAUCACCACUCAAAAACAGUUCAAUCACUGUUCUUGCGCAAGAAAAUACAGCUGUCAUUUGGUGCAAAGUAAUGCGCUACAAUUUAUCCAUUCUAAACCACUGGCAUACUGUGCCAAGUUUGUAAUUUUCCUUUUAAUUCUGAUUGUUAAUUGCAGUUGUUUAGCAUUGAUCUUUUUUACAAAUUUUCAGUAGUGGUGCAAAAUAUAUAAUUUUCAGAAUGGGUAGUUUUAAUUUUGUUCCUGUAUAAUGCCACUCAUUGCUCUUAUAAGACCGUGGUGCACAGAUGGUAGCUUCCAGGAUAUGGAUUAUGAUGAAAGUGUUCACUUUAAGGCACCUUAUGCAAGACCAGCAGAUUUGACCAGAUUUGUUAGUCCAAUAUAAAUUAUCAGAAAAAUAAAUGUAUUUGAGAUGAUAAUCAAGACAUCCUUUCAUUGCAGUACAGAAUUGUAUGUAUAUCAAAAUGUUGCCGAUCAAAGUGUAAAUUGACAGGGAGAACCCACCUGAAAUUAGCUAAUGAAAGUAUAUGAAAGUAGUUUAUGAAAUCUUGUAGAAAUUAGAUGUGUACAUGGUUGUAA